AUGGCAACAGCACUGUUUCCCGUUGGAAAACAUAGCAGACUCACCACGGUCACCAACCACAAGGCUUGUUAUGUUCCGAGUCUCCUUGCCGACAUGGUAUGCGCGGCCUCGGAUGCAAGAGACGCACUGGAUUUGUUCCUUUCUCUCUAUAAUGAUGACGACGGAAAUGUGUCCACCACGGGAUAUAUGGCUUUCGACGCGCAUGUGGGAGACACUUCAUGCCAACUCCGUGCUUCCAUGAUCAUGAUGCUCCUGCAACACCUUCGCAAGGAGCCCACGAAUUCAUUGUUUCGAACGAUGGUGUCACUAUUAAUCGGACAACUCGAGGACCUCAUAAAAAUGGCGAAAACCACGUGCCGCAGGCUGACGAAAGUUGGCGAGAGCCCUGAAUCUUUAGGAUUAAGCAAGAGUGGGGAGAGUCGUCAAUCGCUUUUGGAGAAAUUGGGUUGGCAAGAGCCGGUGAUGUUAGGGCAGGACGGAUUCAGCCCGUACCUCGCUGAGUUAUCCCAAGUUUCGAGAAAACCAACGCCGUUAGUCGGACACGAAAGCCCUCAGAUUUCGUGGCAGUUUCGCCGGCACAAUGUCACAAUCGGUGUCACCAUAUCUAUGUCAGGACAAAAAUGUUCGCCAUACCCUUCAAAAAGCCGUCCCAUUGCGGAAAAGAUGACACCCGGCUCCCCCGAAAACUGGGAUCCUUCGAACUUCUCCCAGGUGGUACGCCUGAUCGUUUACAGCUAUAUGCUGUCUAAAUACAAGCGCUUCUGUCGACGUACGCACGUUGUGGGUGCGGAGUUGAACCCCAAACUACCUCUGUCCGUGAGAGAUCGACUCGUCUCACAGGAUUAUGACACGACAAAUCGAAGGUUCCUUCUUCUGACGGGACCUAAACGAUUUGAACAAGACUUUGCGUCGAUGCAGAACUGGGUUGGCGAACUUAGCUGUUCAUGGCUAAAGCUGUUGGCCAGCAGGUUUGGAGAUGACAAGCUGCCAAGAUUGUUGGAGCAAACGACAAGGAUUAGCCCCAAAGGCUUGACUUCGGUUCCCAACUAUAUCGGAUUCCUAGCUCUCCGGCAGUUCUGGGCCCAGACGAUAGUCCCAAUUCUAAUCAUGGAGAAGCGAUUUUGUGGAUCAGGAUUUCACGUCAACUAUUUCAUAGGUCGUUCUGAGCCAGACGACCAGGCAGGUUUUAGGAAUUGCCCGAAAAUCCUUGGAUCACCCGUUCGCUGGCAACUGACAAAAGUAACGGCCAAAGAGCUGUUGUCGUCAACAAAUGUUGAGCCGCAUAUUGUAAUAUCAGGGAAUAGCCUGAAUGGUACUUACGAUGACUAUAUGAGAAUUAAGUCUCCGGCUCAUGUCCAUGAUGAUGACCAAUGCCCAGAUAACUUCGAGCAUUGUCAAAUAAUCAAGGCCGUGAAUAUGGAUCGAAUCGCGUUAGCAAUAUUUGCCGAGCAUAAGCAUUAUUCGUUCGAGCUCACAGGUGAAGAUGGCCGGAUUGGGGAGGCGGAGGUUGUAGGAAAGUUCAUGGAGGAGGCAGAUCCGUGGUUGAGAGGGGAUUGGGAGAAGCGCAAGUAUGAAGCAUUCGAUUUGGGCACCGGUUUCUCGCUGAAGACAAUUAUGUGGCAGCAUGUAGUGCUUGAGACUGUUGGAAGAGCGGCGGCACUCAUGGAAGCCAACCUGGAGACAAUUCCCCUUGGGGCUCCAGUCUCCCUUUGA